AUGGCCAAGAAGUGGGAAGACAUAAGGCCUUUAUCUCAGAAGGAACUAGAAGACCUUAUACCAAAAUCUGAUGAUGAACUCGAAGAUUUUUUGAGGCUUUCUAGCGGAUCAGAAACUGAGUAUAACUUGGAAGAAGAUUUCAGUCUUUCUGAAUCAGAAUAUGAGCCCGAAACAUCUGAUAGAGAAAGCACUGACUUCGAUGAAUGUAACUAUAGAAAGCGGAGAAGAAUUAAUAGAGGGUCGAAGCCAACACAGGAACAUUUUCCAGUAGAGUGUGAUCAAGGAGAUGGCCAAGUAGACCAGCUUGCUGCACAAAAUUUGGAAGAUGAACAAAGUGUAUCAAAUGACCAGGAGAUUGAAACACAGAGACCCAAUAUAGAAAACUUCUCUCAAACAGAAAGAGGGGGAAGUAAUCAGGAUAUUAGCGAUAAUGAAGAUCUACAUAACUUGGGAGAUAAACCACAUGAAACUAUUCUCAACAAGGGGAUGCGGGGCAAAAACGGUCACCGAUGGUGUACAGUGUCCAACAUACGUAAGCGCGUUCCCCAUCGAAACAUCGUUCACGUGAUGCAAGGUCCAUCUGGGGCGGCACGCGAUGCCGAUAGUCCUUCAGGUGCAUUCCAGUGUUUAUUCGACGAAUCUAUUUUUGGAAAAAUUUUGGAGCACACAAAUGCUCACAUUGCAAUAAGAUGUGGAAACUACAAGGUGGCUAAAUCUACUGUUUCUACCACGACCAGACAGGAAUUGAAUGCCCUCAUUGGGCUGCUUAUAUUUGCUGGUGCCCAAAAAGACAAUCACUUGAGCACUAGGGAAAUGUUUGACUCGAGGAAAUCGGGUUCUUAUUAUAGGGCAACGAUGAGUUGUGAGAGGUUUGAAUUUCUAAUCAAUAAUCUGCGAUUUGAUGAUAAAGCGACACAUAACGAAAGAAGAACUGUCGAUAAGUUCGCGCCUAUAAACCGGGAAAUUACAUCACAAUCGAUGAACAAUUGUUGGGCUUCAGAGGCCGCUGUCCAUUCAAAAUGUACAUUCCGAGCAAGCCUUCCAAAUAUGGAAUAA